GAUACUGAAACUGUCCGAAGUGUCUCGGGGAGAUCUGCAUUCACAGGCCUUUACAAGGCAAGUCAGAGCAGAUCCUCUAACUGCAGCCGCCCUUUUCCAGCUGAGUGAGCGUAAGCCGUUUGCAGGACUUCCUACCAGACUCCCUCCGGCACCAAGCAUGUGGACAGCGCAGCCCGUCCAACUCCAGGAGCGGAUCCUGCGUGGAGCAUCACCAGGGUUUAGUGUGAUGCCCAGUGAUGUCCAAACACUUGUGAAUGGACUCGCCAAGAGCCCUUCGCAAGCCAGAAGAGAAGGACUGUAUUUCAGGGAAAAGGACUACAAUGCGUCCGGCAGAUGACUGUUCCCUUUAUGGUCGACAGUUCGCUGCCAAGCAGUCCCAGGACUCCGGGUUCGGGUUCGGCUCUCAGGAUCCACAGAGAUCACAGGACCACGCAGGCUGUCUGGAGCCGCCGAGAGUUCUGAGCAGGAAACAUGUUAGCCGUGCACUUUGACCAGCCGGGAGGACCAGAAAACCUCUACCUGAAGGAGGUGCCCAAGCCCAGCCCAGGAGAGGGAGAAGUCCUCCUGAAGGUGGCAGCCAGUGCCCUGAACCGGGCCGACAUUCUCCAGAGACAAGGACAAUAUGCACCACCCCCAGGAGCCAGCGAUAUUUUGGGAAUCGAGGCAUCUGGACACGUGGCAGAGCUGGGGCCUGGCUGCCAGGGGCACUGGAAGAUCGGGGACCCAGCCAUGGCUCUGCUGCCCGGCGGGGGUCAGGCUCAAUAUGUCACUGUCCCUGAAGGGUUCCUCAUGCCCAUCCCAGCAGGACUGACUCUGCCCCAGGCUGCAGCCAUCCCAGAGGCCUGGCUCACUGCCUUCCAGCUGUUACAUCUCGUGGGAAAAGUUCAGGCCGGAGACUCUGUGCUAAUCCAUGCAGGAGCAAGCGGGGUGGGCACAGCUGCCAUCCAACUCGCCCGGAUAGCUGGAGCUAUUCCUCUGGUCACAAUUGGCUCCCAGGACAAGCUUCAAAUGGCAGAAAAACUUGGAGCAGCUGCUGGAUUCAAUUACAAAGAAGAGGAUUUUUCUGAAGCAGCGAUGAAAUUCACCAAAGGUGCUGGAGUCAACCUUAUUCUAGACUGCAUAGGAGGAUCCUACUGGGAGAAAAACGUCAACUGCCUGGCUCUCGAUGGCCGCUGGGUUCUCUAUGGUCUGAUGGGGGGACCUGACGUCAAUGGGCCUCUGUUGUCGAAACUACUUUUUAAACGAGGAAGUCUGGUCGCCAGUCUGCUGAGAUCUAGGGACAAAAAGUACAAGCAAAUGAUGGUGAAGGCUUUUACGGAGCAAAUUGUGCCCCACUUCUCCAUGGAGGGCCCCCAAGGUCUACAGCCGGUUCUGGACAGAAUCUACCCUGUGGCUGAAAUCCAAGAGGCCCACAAGUACAUGGAGAGUAAUAAGCACAUGGGCAAAAUCGUCCUGGAGCUGCCCCAGUGAAGGAGGAGGGGGCACUCGAGGAAAAGGGUGCCUCAGACCUUCCCAGAGCGAAUCGGGUGAAAAUUGUCUGAACGCAGACAAGAGACGGGCUGCUACUCCACGCCCACCUGGAACCCACUGGGCCUUCCCCGGCCUCGUCAACUGAUCUGUGUAAAGCUGGUCUAAGGAAAUAAAGAGUGAAGGGAA